AUGGAAAGUAAGCAAGCAAUGACAGCAAAACAGAAGACAAUGAAGCGUAAUGUCCCAGAGACCGUAAAACAAGAACCAACAUCUCAACAUGUACAACAGGAGUACUUCCAAGAUGCACAACUUCCGGACGACGAGAUAAAUAUCGAUGAGAUAGGAAGAAGAUUCAACAUUGACGUCAACACAAAAUCGGAAGAAAAUUUUGAAGAACCGGAAGAAGAAUACGAAUGUCCAGAUGAUCACUAUGGCUGUUGCGACAAGCACAUUCUCCAGUUCGAAAUGGACCACUAA